AUGUCAACUGAGUUACCCGCGCACUCCUCAGCCACGGAUCAAGAAGCUGAAACGUCGGCCCCCGCGGAUGCCGCCAAUUCCUCUGAUGAUAUGGAAGAGGCCCAAGGUGAGCAUGGGAUUCAAGUAGACGAGGCAGGAGGAAGCGACAUAGAAGCUGGGAACGGUAAAGCCGACGAGAUGGAGUAUGAUUAUAUCGAGAAAGUUGACAACGGCAUGCAAGACGAUGAGAACGGUACUGUGGCCUCAGUUGCUCAAGAUGUUAGACCUUCUCCUCCCCAGCCUGUCUCAAACUCGUCUCCUUGUUCCACGCCUGAACAAGAGGAAGCAGGGCUGAAUAUGAAGGAUAUGCCGGCCUCUCCUUAUCCACAUAAGGACGACACCGAGCCCGAGAGCCAGCAGAUCCUUGAUGAUAUGCAAUCCGGCCCUGAUCCAAUUGCCAUGGUGUCCAGAGAUUCGCCAAACUGGGAUUCUAUGCAUGGAGUAGAAGUCCCCGUUUUACGUCCAUCGGGUGCUGGAAACAAUCAGAGCGUCGAACCUUCAGUUCAAAAGCCGCCUCUUGGGAUGAAGGUCCUCUGGAGCGAGGAGACCGGUCGUUCUGACCGAAAACCUGUGAUAGAUGUUGUGGCAGUUCAUGGUCUCGGCGGGCACAGAGAGGACACUUGGAAGCACACCUCCAGUACCAACGACACCGAGUCGCACUCUUGGUUAGAAGAUCCAAAGCCACACGGCCCAGAUUGGGGGAAGAACACAAGAAUAAUGGCUUAUGGUUAUACAACCACGGAGAAAUCGAGGAUCUUCACUCUGGCUGAGGACCUGCUCAAUGAUCUAUCAGACCGAAGAGUAGGAAAACAGGCUCUCGUCCACGCCCAUUUCUGCCGGCCGCAAUUCAAUAGCAUUAUUGACUCGACUAAGGCGAUAAUAUUCUUUGCAACGCCGCACCAGGGGUCAAGCCGCCAGGACUGGUCAAGGUACACCCGGGACCUGGAGAGAGUUGACUCUAAAGCGCAUGUGUUGGAAGAACUGGGCACAUGGUCAAAUGAACUCAUUGCAAAGACAGCAACUUUUAGUUACAUUGCUGCUGGUCUUGAUAUUACUUCAUUCUACGGGACCAAGGGUGAACAGGUUGUGGCCGAAGCGUCUGCACGUAUCGGCUUACCGAAUGAGCGAACAGUCAGUAUUCACGCUGACCACCAGGAAAUGUGUCAAUUUGAGUUGGAGGGCGACAACUAUCAUCGGGUCUCGCAGCGACUCAAGGCGGUGCUGCACGCCAUAAGGGCGCAAGACCAGGAAACUACAUCCUGGAGAGUUUUAAACGGAACCCAAUCUGGGGCCGGUCGUAUGACCCUUGGAAGUGUAACCUGGAACUGGAUCACUGAUCAACAAGCCUUUCAGCAGUGGAAAGGUGAGAGCUCAGGGAUCUUUAUUGUGUCUGGGGAGCUUGGCUAUACGCAGGAGAUACUCACUCAACACGCCCCGGACCACUUGGAGAUUGAGAAGAAGACAGAACCAAGUUUCAGUGCAUGGAGCUCGAGCAAUCAACGAACUGAGGCGAACCUGAUCCAAUAUUUACUCUCUUUGGCGGCGGCAGAAGAUGAAGGUCUUGUCGAUGAGCUGGAUGCUGUGGCUGCCCAUCAAAAUCUGGCCAUAAAGGGCAGCAGCACCACGGUAAUAUGGCCGUUGGAGCUUCUUCGGAAGUACCUGACGGCUCUAUUGUUUAUGGACUGGAUAAAACCCAUUCAUCUGUUUAUUGAUGCCCGUAAUGAGGCUGCAGAAAGCCAAAUCGAGGACAUGAUUAUUCUGUUCCUGCAGCUGACAAGAUCGGGAAACAAGUUCAAGUGCAAGAUAUUUGUAACCUGUCGUCGACCCAUAACCAUAUCUCCAGGCCAUGAUAACCAUAUUGGACACGUUUCCUUGGAUUCGCAAAUUGAUGGCGUUGGGAAGAGCAUCUAUGAGUGGGUUUUGUUUGCAAAACGACCUCUCACGGUAGCUGAACUCGCGGAGGCACUGGGAGGUGAAGAAGAUAUUGGACCGGCAGAGCUUCAUGAAAUAUUCCGCACGUCUUGCCAUGGGCUCAUUGACACCAAGGAUGGGACUGUCCAUCUCCAUCAUGAACUCCCAAAGGGCUGUCUCCUGAGAUUGAUCCGCAAUCAAUUCUACCAAGGCCUUUCACCUGGGUUGGAAGAGUCCUCGCACUCGGCGAUUGCACGGAGGUGCCUUGAAUAUCUUAAGUCGAUGCAAGAUCGCCAGGUUCCCAGGAACCCGUUUUGGAAGUACGCGGCCCAAUACUGGUCAGACCAUAUGAACGAAGCACCGGAUGGCCUGCAGAAGUUGGCCCGGAAAAUUGACAAAGACGAGCGAGGCAGAACUCCUCUACUCGUGGCCGUACAGAAGCAGCACGAGGCAACCGUGAGAGCUCUUCUAGAGCAAGAAUACCCCGACAUCAACACCAAAGACGAGGACGGGUUCACUCCUUUAUCUACAGCAGCCAAGCUUGGAAACAAGACGAUCUGCUCACUCCUCUGUCCGCGUGCGGGCGUGAAUAAAAAGUCAAAUGGGCUUAAGCCGGUGUAUAUUGCGGCUCAGGAAGGUCACGCUGAUAUAGCUAGACUGCUGCUGAGUUAUACGGCAGACGGACCAGCAAAUGGAAUUGAUCCCACUUUCCUACAUUUGGCGGCGAGGGAAGGAAGCCUGCCUGCGGCGAAGCUGUUUCUUCAAGAAUCGCCGGGGGAUAUUGAGGUUACUGACCAUGACGGACGCAUCCCGCUCUUCCUGGCAAUUCAAGAGGACCGGGGCCCUGUUGUUUCUCUACUGCGUGAGAAGCUAGAAUCUGGCAAGAUAGACAAGCCAGGCCCUGAAAGCAAACGCACACUCCUAACCCUUGCGCUGGAACAAGGAAGCCCCAGCGCCGUGCAGUGGUUGCUCGAUUGGGGAGCAGAUAUUAAUCAAGCAGAUGGCACUGGCGAGGCGCCCUUGCAUGUAGCUGUCGGUGGUGUGAUUGACGAUGUCGAGCUGCUGAUAGACUACGGUGCUUCAGUGAACCAACCCGGUCUCGUGUCGAAGGAAACACCGCUUCAUGUGGCUGUCAACCGUGGGGAAACCGCGCUGAAAAUUGUUGAGCUACUGCUGGAUAGCCAGGCAGAUAUUACGGCGAGAGACUACAACGGCGAUACACCAGUUCAUGCGGCUGCUAGCAACAUGAGCGCCCGGACAGUGCAGAUUCUUCUGGAUCGCAACCCGCGUGUACUCAAUGCGAGAAACAACCUCGGCGAGUCUCCUCUCCACCGUGGAGCAAGCAAGGAUGCUGUUGAUGUGGUCGAAGUACUCCUUCAAAAGGGAGCCCGUAUCGACGCAAAAAAUAACAGUGGGCAUGCCCCGUUGCAUGUCGCUGCCGCGAGAAACAGUCCUCAAGUAGCUCGGAUUCUUAUCAUGUACGGAGCAAGUCUCGAGCUCCGAGACCGUGCUGGACGAACCCCUCUGCAGGUAGCAUCAGCAAAUGGGAACCAUGUGCUCACGAAGAUCCUGAUUGGAGUGGGCGUGAAUAAAACAGCAAAGGAUCAUGAUAACUUGACAGCUAGAGAUAUAGCUGAGAUGCGCAAGGAUGGCGCCACCGUGGCUGAAUUUCAUAGGGCUCAUACCCCCGAGGAAUCACAAAGUGACUACGACUGGCACUUACAAGCUUGUACUCAGCUCAAAGCGGCAUCUUUUUUCACCAAGUGGAACCAAGAAGCAAUUAAUCGCUGCAAGGAAGUUGCGGAGACAGUCAAGAUUGUGGUAGAAAAGUACAGGGUAAAACCAGAACACAUUCCAGGACUUUUCAUACUUACUCAAUACACCAUCGUGUUGCUUUGUGACAACAGCAAGUCAAUGGGUAAGGAAAACAGAAAGGAGUUACUCCAAGACACGCUGCUUGGAGUCGCCGAAAUUGCACGCAAACUCACCAAGCGAGGUGUGUUUGUUCGAUUUCUGAAUCCUGUUCACAAGCAGUGGGAGGACCCUCCAGCUCUGUCUGUAGAGGACAUCCGGACGAAAAUACGGAAUGUUGGCAUCGAUCUCCAGCCCGGCACGAAACUAGGGACAAGACUGGAGGAACUCAUCAUCAGGCCGAUGCACUGCAGCCCCGAUUAUGAAAAGCCGAUCAUCACAAUCAUAAUCACAGACGGGGAAGAAGACCGUCGACAUUUCCAGGCCAUCAAUACUGAUUGUAAGACAAUGCAGCCAUUCAGAAAGGACCCGUCCCCUCUUCAGGCAAAGAUACUGGCAUACAAAGAACAACCAGAGCGAGACCGAAAAUCGGUAUUCUUGAUCUCGCAGAUUGGUAGCGACGACAAGGCCACCGAAUUCCUAAAGGAGGUGGAACAAGACGACAGGAUAAAAGAUAUAGUGUUUUGCUCUCCAGAGAAACUGGACCAGCUGCAUGAUGACACGGAGAGGAAAUACGGUACAAACUUAAUGGAGCUGUUCUCGGCUGCCGUGGCAAAGCGUAGAUGA